AUGACGGGGCUCUCCGGCCAGACCCUCUCUUUGGAGGAGCAGAAGCAGUUAGCAGUGAACAUCACCCAUGUCCUCUCUCUCUAUGGCUCCAUUGUGGACUCAUACAUCAUUGAGUUUUUCACCGAUAAUCUUUGGGGGAAGCUUCCUUAUUCCUGGCAGGCAGUGCUCACCGAUCUCCCCUCCCCGCAACUCGCUGCCGUCUUGCUCGAGAAAGGAAAACCGGAGGAAGUUUGUUACAGCGUGGUGUGGCCGCUCUCCUUGCUGGCCUUUAAAGCUACAGCGCACACAUUGGCUUUCUCCAGAAUGCCUUGUGGCAGAGGCGGCACAUCAGCAAACGGGAGGCCAGAGGAGUUCUGGGAGAACCGGUGUCAGAGCUCGAAGCUUAACCCCCUUUUCCGGAAGCACGUCAAGCCGAAAAAGCAGCAUGAAAUCCGGCAGCUCGGGAAGGUGGUGAAGAAACUGAGCGAGAUCACCAGGUGUGACCAGGUGGUAGAUAUUGGCUCUGGCCAGGGCCAUCUCUCUCGCUUUCUGGCCUUCGGUCUGGGUUUGACCGUCACGGCGAUCGAGGGAGACGGACGCCUGGUUGACAUGGCUACUAAGUUUGACCGAGAACUGGUGUGGGCGCUGGAGAAGGAGCAAGCGCGACAAGCCAAGGAUCCGGGGGAGAUCUCCCUCCGUGGGCCGAGCCACAUGGCGGGGUGGGUCGACCCCCAAGCACCAUGGCGGGAAUUCCUCCUCCCGCCGCAGCCAGGAAUAGACACAGCUCAUUCUCCCAUGGCAGAAAGCGGCCUGUCCCCAGAGGCCGGUGCCACCUACGACUUGCCAGGGCCACGGAAGAUCAUUCCCCCCACAGCCCCUUGUGGGGGUGGCAGAGAUGGGGCAGAGACGGGCAAGGCUGGAGAGAAGGGGCCAGGAGGAUGGAGCCGCAUGGCUGCUGCAAGGGAGGAGCAGGGGGGAACCCCAGAUCCCUUCGGAAGCAGAGGCCGUGGCUACGUUCCCAACGGGCUUCACCCUCUGUAUCGACCGAGCCGCCCAACGGCAGUAAAUCCCCUGGGGCCGCUGGCAGACGGCAGGCUGCUCCUGACCGGCCUCCAUGCGUGCGGAGACCUCAGCGUAGCCCUGCUCAGACACUUCACCCGCUGCCCCCAUGUGGUGGCCAUGACCUCGGUGGCCUGCUGCUACAUGAAACUCACCACUCAGGAGGAGCCGACCCCUCCUGGCCUCGCUGCACCGCCUCCUCCUUCCACCGACUGGCCUGAGUACGGCUACCCCCUGAGCGCCUGGGUGGCCGGCCUGCCGGGCCACGCCCUCUCCUACAAGGCGCGGGAAGUGGCCUGCCACGCCGUGGAGGACUACGCGCUGCGGCUGAGGAGCGAGAGCCCCAUCCUGCGGACUCACUGCUACCGCGCAACGCUGGAGACGCUGAUCCGGGCGGCUGACCCGGUGAAGAGACGCCUCGGGGUGCAGACGGUCAACAAGGCCCACCAGCUAGCCUUCGAGGAGUACGCCCGGCUGGGCUUGCAGCGGGUGGGGCUGGACCCCGCCGCCCCUCUGGAUCGGGCCUGCGUGGACGACAUGCUGGCCCAGCAACAGAACGUGGUGGCCUUCUUCAGCCUGGCCCUGCUGCUGGCGCCGCUGGUGGAGACCCUCAUCCUGCUGGAUAGGAUGAUCUACUUGCAGGAGCAAGGCUUCCAGUGCCAGUUGAUUCCCCUGUUUAACCCCAGCUGCUCGCCCCGGAACCUAGUGCUGGUGGCGGCCAAGGCUGGGCUGGACUCUGUGUUAUCCACGCUGGCAGGGGAAGACUGACUCACACCGGCUUCCAUUGAUGCAUGGGAAUCGCCUGCUGCGGCCCUGCAGCAGCCUCUGGGGAGGAACGUGGCAGCUGUUGAACAGCGUACGGGAAAGAAGGAGACACUCGUAAGAAAAGGCAGGCACUGGGGGAGUUCGGGGCUGCCUGUGGCAGGCUAGAGCAGCCUCAGAAAGUUCUGCCGCAGUUGCGUAUGGGGAGCGAGAUGAUGUGGCCCAUCCAGGACCAAUCCUUCCCCCUUCAGCCCCACUCAAGGGCAGGGAGGUUUCUUCUCCCCACCCACCGUUUCCUUGGGCUGGAAGAGUCCAAGGAGGAGCCAGCCCCAGGCACCACAGAAAGCCCAGCAGGGCCCAGUUAGGGACAACAGGCAGCAGCAGCAGCAGCUCCAGGUGCUGACUGGCUGGUUGCCCAAUCUCUGCACCUCCACCUGCCCGACCUUCCUGGCCUUGCAUC